AAUAAUAAUUAGUCAAGUAGAAUCAGUUGUUGAGUAUGGUCGGACUCUGAUUUGCUCUCGUGAAGUCGUCGCCUCGUGUGUGCCUUCGGUUAAUUUUUCAUAUUAUUAUUUUCUGUUGUCUUUGGGGGGAAAAAGGCAGACAGUCGUGUGGAAAGAGUAACGCGAAAUACAAACCGAUCGGAAAGUGUAGGCAGCGGGUGUGUGUUCGUGUGUGCAGGAGUAGUACGGUGUGCGGGGUGGAUCCAACUUCUCUCCAUCACUUGUUUCUUGUUUUUUUAUAUUUUACUUUCAAUGGUUCUUUUCGCUGCUCCAUCAGUUUCGGUUGUUUUUCUUUUUGUGCUCGACGGCUAAACUCUCUGGCCGCCACCAAGCAGCUACUAGGUUCGUGUGUGAAGUGUUGUGAGAGGGUUCCUCAAAUGUGUGCGAUCGUGACACGAAGGUCCAACCGUUGAUUUUGGACAGUUUCGGAUUGCUACUUUUCCCUUUGUGAUCAUCGCGCUUUCUUUCGGGCGGAUGCGUAUCUCACUUUGCACUUGUGUGAUUCGCGCAAGCAGCGAGCAAAGAUGAAAAACGGAGUGUAAAUGUUAAUCCAAAACAGAAAACAUUAGGCUGCAAGACGGAGAAGUGGUAAUUAAGAAAAAAAAUGUAAUGUGGUGCCACUUGGAGUACAAGAAAAAAAAGUUGUUCGAUCGUGUUGUUCAAAAAAGUUAGAGAAGAAAAGAAGGAAAUUCGCCAUAAUUAAGAGUUAAGCAGUAUCAAGUGGUAAACAAAACAAAGAGAAAAAGAAAAAGAGCAGGACAAUAUCCUUCGCUCGAUGAAUAAUUUCGCUUCUGCUAACGUAAUGGAAUGAAAAGCGCUGCCACGGGUGCACGUAGUGAAAAGUCGGAGUGAGGCAGUGAAAAUUGCGUGUUUCGUUUGGUUCGGUCAUAUUUGGAAAAAUACUAAUUGUUGAUCGAUUCGUGUGCGCUUCAAGUUUAAGCGCCUUCGGAAACUAAGUGCCUUCUACAUACAUACACAUACACACACGUUAUAGGUGCGAGUACAAAUUAAAAAAUUAAAUUGCAAGUUAAGCUGUGCGGUCGCUAAAGUCGCCGAUAAGUAGAAGCGGAAGAAGAAUAUAUACACAUACGCGAGACGGCUAGAGUUGAUGAAAAAGGGAGAAUAAAGCAAGCGAAGAUAAGUGAAAGAUAAAGGAAGCAAUAUUAAGAAAAGCUAAUUUUAUCGCUUAAGUAGAGUUUCAAAGACGGAGAAGCGAAUUCACAUACAAGUACGCGCGAGAAUAUCGAGACGUAGGAAAAAAAACAACAACAACAAAAACAAGGCAACAAGUAUAACGCGCAUACAUAUUCUCUCCCACUCGCGUGCGCUGCUCUCUUAACACGUAGAAAACUGCACGGCUCUGAGAUACAAGAUGGCGUUUAACAGCAAUAACACCAGCAGCAAUAGCAACACCGCCAGCAACACAAACACCUCGGAGGAAAACGGUGGGGCGAAUAAAAAGAAAAACCUGAUAAUUCUGGUGGAUAAAGACUCGAACGAUAAGUUGAACGAGCUGUUCGAUAAAACACUCAGCAAUAAAUUACCGUUGCAAAUUCCCUACCGCAUGCGAAAGUUGCCAGACUCGUUCUUCAAGCCACCGUCCUCCGGGUCCAAGUCCCCCUCGGUUUCACAUUCGCGCGACAAUUCGGCCGAUUCGGCGUUUGGCUCGGGCACCACAAUACUGGGUGGACCCACGAGCAGCCCGAACGGACUCCCGAUCCAUCACGGUCGUGCCCACAGCAGUCCGGCGUCGCUGGGUAAAAUCCCGGCCGGUCUGGUCGCCAGUCUCACGGCCGCUAGCGGCGGAGUCCAGCAGAACACUAGUAAUAGCAACGGAAAUAGUAGUAAGACACAGCAAGCCAGCGGCGGUGGAACCGAUGGCAGCAGCUUGGGGGGCGCAUCGGCGGUAAAUCAAGCACAGCAACAGGCCGCCCAGCAGGGCCUGCAAAAGCACAUCAUCCAGCAUCUACAUAGCCGGGGACGCUCGUACGAUGUGUCCAAUCUGCAUGCCAAUUUUGGCGAUCUGCCACCCGGCUGGGAGCAGGCAAAGACACAAGAUGGACGCAUCUAUUACAUAAAUCACAACACACGAACCACCACGUGGGAGGACCCGCGUAUCACAGCAAUGCAAGAAAGCCUAUUCCAGCAGCAGUCCAGCGUGGAAACGCUCUUCAACACGGGGUCCCAGACACUGAUAAGUCCCACCAUCUCGUCACCAACGCCGGCCAAUGUGGUAUUUUCAGAUUCCGUCGAAAUGUCGAACGAACCGCCGCCGCCGUCGUCGUCUUCGUCGUCGUCGUCGGCCAACAACGUACCGAUGUUGAACAGCAGUAAUGUCAACCUUGGCCCGCUGCCGGAAGGCUGGGAGGAAGGAAUCACGGCCAAGGGCGAGCGGUACUACAUCAACCACGCGACCCGGACGACAACCUGGAGGGACCCACGACUGUCAAACCAAGAUUGGGCAGUACAAGAGCAAACAGUUAGAUUGUACAACCUGCAGCUGGAACGUGAGCGUCUCAGGAAACGGCAACAGGAAAUUAAGUCACAUAUGGGUGAAGACCCGUUCUUGUCCGGAUUGUCGGACCACCAUUCGCGCCAGGAGUCUGCCGACAGUGGACUGAGCGAAUCGUCGAUAUCGCAAUCGAUGCCGCACACGCCCGAUUUCCUCUCCAGCAUAGACGACAGCAUGGAUGGACUCAGCAUGACAGACAACACAAUGGACACUAUUGCAUUUGGAGACAAUCUAGAGACGCCCGACGAAUUCAUGCUGGAUGACCCUCUACUGUUGGAGAAGAUAGACGCGGUUAGCAAUUUGAAUCUGAUAGAUCCCUCGAGUACUAAGCCGGAUAACACGUUGUACGACAUAAUCUAACGCUUCGAAGGACGAGAGGACCAAUCAGCAGUGGAAGACAAAACCCGUGUGGAGUGUACAGAUCCACAUCCAAGCAAGAAGAAUACAUGAAUACACUUAUUCGCCGCUCACAGUCAACUAAAUUCAUUCAACAAGUUACACGUAAAUCCGUUCAAGACACGCAUCCUCAUACCCACACUAAAAACACACAUAACACAGAGCUAAAAACUGUUGUUGUUUUCUUUAUUGCGUAAGAAGAAGAAGCAAACAAAACAUUGCAUACAACCGAGCCGCGGGAAAGUGUGUAGACAGUUUAGCAAAAUUACUUAAUGUUAAGAUUUAGCUAAAACAAACGUAAGUGAAGCUAAAAAGCAAAUACCAGAUCUACUCGCUGAGCACUGGGAGAGACUCAAGCUCACAGCAGCAAACCAAUAUAGGAAACCAAGAGGAACAACUCACGCAAAUUCUGUGAAAUUCUGCAAUGAGAAAGGAAGAAAAUAUUGCAAGCAAUGAUCAAGUGCCUUAUUACAAGAAGAAAAGUGAACCCUUUUUUCCUACGAGUAAACAAGUUGUGAUUUCAAUGUUAAUAUUUCUCAACAUAUCAAAAGUGAUCAGAUGAUGAUUGUUUCGGAACAAUCCAUCUGUGAAAACUCGUGAGAACGCAUGCGAGUUCUAAAAUAAAUUUAAACAAAAUCGUUUUCAGCAAAGCAGAUGCAAUACUAAGAGUAGUUUCGGCAAAUGUUUAGCCGGUUUUAUUAUGUUUCGUUUUGAACUAUUUUUGGAAAUUUUACCGUUGUUAGAGAAAAAAAAGCUAGACUUUCGAAAUGAAAUUGAAGGUUUUAUGUGAAAGUUAUCGGGAGGUAUUUUUAACAAAGAAAGUGGAAGCUACUUACGACGAUAAUUUGUGUGCCUUUAGGUGAUCAAACCCACGUGAACAGCAAAGACUUUUCUACGAAGAGCUAUUAUGAAAUAAGAGCGGUCGAAAAGUGUCUGGUUUUUAAACUAGGAAACGUAGCGUCGUUUUACCUUCUGAGCAUGGCAUCAAUUUUUAUCUCUUCCCCAUAUCAAGUUUUAUUCGCAACUAUUCUAGAGCGUAAUUGGACUUUACUUUCCCAGCGUUUAGCAAACCAACUUGUAUUAGUAUUCACUAGCAAAAAAAUAAACAGAAACACAUUUAUGGUUUAGCAUACAACAAACAAAUAUUAUCAACAUUUAGCUCGUGAGGACACUGAUUUUCUGGUCGAAGGCAGAACUGAACACACAACACACGUAAACAUCGGAAGCAAGUAUAAUCGAUUCAGUUGAUGUUUAUAAAGACUCGGUCCGAUGAACGGAACGAGUUUAGUGUAAAAAUAACGAAAAACGCAUGCUGCACACAGACUGACCAGUCGAGUCAUGUCUUGGGAACCACAUUAAAUAUACUUUAUUAUAAUUAAUCAUCGAUAAAGCAAACAGUUAAAUCGAAUAUGGUUUACAAUAAGAAGAACAUUUUAAAAUACUUUAAACAAAAUCUUGAUAGAUUAAAAUUAUUGCUGUAACAUUUUAGAUAUAGAUCACAUUUUUUAAUCUAAUUUUUAGAGUUUUUUUUUUCUUAUAUUUCGCUAUCAAACCAUUCAAAUAUAGCUACAGAUAAUCUCUCAGUGGCGAAAGUUUUUCUAGCGGAACAAUGCUGUCACAUUUCUGCAACACACAUAAGCUAUAUUCGUAAAAUUUCAUAAUUUUUUUUAUUGGUAACUAGUUAUAAUAAGCUAUAUUUAAAACUCCUAGCGAACUGCAGCACAAACUCAGAUCGGAGCAAAAUAUAAACACAAUGAAUCGAAAUAUAUUUACUUGAAUUCAAAUGGAAUUGGUUGGAUUGAAACAAUGUUAUGUUUCAUUCCCGCCAAAACCACACCAGGAAGAUCAAAACGCGAUCAUUUUUUCCCCUUUUUGCAAGCCUACGAUGAGUUGGUGGAAAAAUGAAUGUCCUGACAGAGUAGAACACACCAAAUCACAUACAGGAACACCGUGAAAUUGUCAUUGUCUCAGCAGUGCGCUGCGAAUGCGCCGUCCACAAAAAUAAUGCAUUUUAAAUGUAUGUAAAUUCCCUCCUCUUUCAAAGGAACAAAUUUGUAUUACUCAAACAGAACGCGAGCACACUGAUGGAUCGGUGAUGGCCACCGGUGACCACCACCAUAUUUUGCAAGUGCGCGAGAAAGUGGGGUUCAAAAGAAGCUAUUCCAGUAAAAAAUCGGGAGGGGGAAUACGAAAUGCUAUGGUCACGAAGAAAACACGCAGAGCCUACGUCAAAAGUACCGUCGCCAAAUCGCAAGCCGUCCAUUUAGAAGAAGAAGAAGAAAGGAAAAACGAAGCAAAGAAACAAUUCUCAAUCACCAUCCUCUCGUGGUAGCGGAAGUGAAACUAUUUCUGAAACGUGAUAAGAUGCUACUUUUCAAUGAAAAUGACAAUAAUGAAGCAAAAACAAAAGAAAAACAGGAUAGUAAUCAUCCGGAAGACGUAUAAUAUCAUCAAGCAAUAUUUAUGAGAAAAUAUGAUCAGCGUUGAUGUUUUAGGAGAGAAGUCGAAAAAAGUGGUAUUUUUCGUAUUUCGUUGGCAGUGCUUUUGAUACAUUUUACUUGUCCAAUGUCACCUAUUCCUCUACCCGCGAACGUAGAGAUCUAGCGUUGACGACUGCCAGAGGCGGUGAAAUUCUGAUUCAUCGCCGAAAAAAAACACAGCAAUAGAAUAGUCUUUUUUCAUUUCCCCCGAUGAAAAAAACUGAAUUCAAUGAAUAUAUUGAGAUUAGAAACAAACCACAUUUUUUCUAUACAACAACAAAAAAAAACAACAGAAACAAACCUUUGUUCUAAUAACAAAAAAAAAUGAACAGAGUAGCAUAUAGGAGUAUAAAAAACAACUAUUAUUUUUUUCUACAAAAAAUAUCAAUUUAAAAUGGUACAGAGAUACGGUGCUACCAACACAAGCCACCGAGUGCAUAUUUUAACGAAAAUUAUUCCCCCUUUCCAUGCACAUGUACGUAGAGGAAGGACGAGCCAAUAGGAAACACAAUAUCAAUAUUCGCUCUGAUUCACAAUGAUUUGUAAAUAAACGCGUCUGUUUUCAAGCCUGGAAAAAGGCAACAAAGAUGCAAACAAAACUAACGAAUCCGUAGUAAGCUACUGUGUUAGUCAUGUAUUGUGAAAGUGAGUAAUUUUGUUAAAAUACAAAUGUAUCAUAAAAAAGAUAAUAAAAAAAAAUCGGAAAACAAGC